UAUUCGUUCUCGUCAAGACCACUUUAUUUCCUCUUAUGAUUGCUUGAAGUUAAAACAAAACAGAACCUUCCCUUCCACCACAACUCUAAUGGAUUCUCUGAUCUGUUUAUGUUCCUGUAUAAUUCUAUUCAUAUUUCCAUCUCUUAGCCUCAUAGAAGCUCAAGCAAGCCUUUGCAGAAGCAGCUGUGGUGAUAUCCCUAUAAACUACCCUUUCGGAAUUGAUGAUGGUUGUGGCAACCCUUAUUACAGACACAUGCUUGCUUGCUCCGACCCCGGCAAGCUCGAGCUUCGUACACCCUCCGGUAGAUACCCUGUACGUAGCAUUAGUUACUUUGAUCCUCAUAUUCUCGUAAUCGACCCAUUUAUGUGGAAUUGUCGAGAUGGCAAUAACUUCCGUCCGGUUAGGCCUUUUAGCCUUGACACAGGCACACAUUUAUCGUUGUCCCCUGAAAAUGACUACCUCUUCUUCAACUGCAGCAAGGAUCAUGUGAUCGUUGAGCCGAAGCCUAUCUUCUGUCAAAGAUUUCCCGAGCAGUGUGGUUCGUCAUGUGAUAGCGGUAGUUAUCUUUGCAAGCAUUUACCUGAAUGUGCCACCGCAUUAGGUGGCAGUUCUUGCUGCUCUUACUACCCGAAAGCGGCCGAAUCCUUAAGGCUGAUGCUGAAGUAUUGCGCUUCAUAUACUAGUGUGUAUUGGACAACUGUUGGCGCAACUGCUGGUUCUCCUUAUAACCAGGUACCUGAAUAUGGAAUCCGAGUCGAUUUCGAUGUGCCCGUAACUACACGCUGCCUUCAGUGCCAGGAUCCAUCAAUGGGAGCUGGAACAUGUGGAUUCGAUACGAAAACAGGGAAUUUCUUGUGUCUAUGUAAGAAGGGAAAUGUCACCUCCUAUUGUAAAGAUCAUGGCAUUUCAUGGCACAGUAGAGCAGGAGUCAUUGCAGUUUCAGCAGCUGGAGCCAUAGGAAUUGGGGUCAGCAUUUGGUUAUUGAAGAAAGUAAGAGCUAAAGCACCUGUAACAUGUGGGGUUCAAAGCAAUGAGAAUAGGCUUUUCUAAAACAAAGUGAAAAUCAAGCUCAAACUUUAUUCUUUUCUUCCUAACUAAGCAUACCUUUCUUUAUUUGGUUCUUUUUAACUGAACAAUUCAGUUCAAAUAAAACUAUUUUUGUACUAUAAAUAA